AUGGAAUCCAAAAGUGAUGAAGGAAGAUUUACCUUUGAAGUUAUUCAUGCUUUCAUAAGCAGGAACGAGUACCCUUCAUCCUUUAGUAAAGAAGACAAGCGUUCCCUGAGGCGGAGAGUUAAAUGCUUUGAUGCAGUGGAUGUUGGAUCUACCCGUGAUGAGAAGAGGCUUGUUGUGGAAGACAAGGAGCAGAGGAAAAGGAUUAUAGGAGCAAUCCAUGAUCCAAGUCAUAUGGGAGUCAACAGAACAUUGGACAUGAUCACAGCCAAGUAUUAUUGGCCUGGUCAAACGAAUGAAGUCAAAGAAUAUGUGAAAACAUGUACCAAGUGCCAGUGUACCAAUCCUAGACUACUAAAACCAGCAUCGACUCUCCACCCAAUACCAGUGACACCAAAGGUUAUGUGCAGAAUGGGCUGUGCAGAAGUCAUCAUCACUGACCAGGGUCGGGAAUUCGUCAACUCACUCUCAGCCCAGUUGUACCAGAAAACCAACACCCAGCAUAGAAUCACUAGCGCUUACCACCCUCAGACAAAUGGAUUAACUGAGCGGUUUAACCAGACUCUUUCUAGGUGUUUGGCUAAAACUGUGAAUGACAACCAAGAUAACUGGGACGAGAAGAUCAACACGAUUCUCAUGGGGUAUAGGGCAUCGCGUCAGGCAUCGAUUAAGCAUUCUCCUUACUUCAUGCUCUUCCAAGCUGAGAUGCGUUUGCCGAUUGAUAGUGAGCUACUGCCCGGUCAGCCUGAAGAAAGAACCCCAGAAGAAGUUAUUGAGCAUCUUUUGAAGAGCCGUGAAGAAGUGUUCACAACAGCUGAAGCCAACAUCAAGUCAGCACAAGGCAAACAAAAAGAAACGAGCUUGUCUAGAGACAAUAAACAGCCACCAGAAGGCGAUCGGCCACCAGAGAGAGACGACCAACAGCCACCAGAGAGAGACGACCAACAGCCACCAGAGAGAGACGACCAACAGCCACCAGAGAGAGACGACCCACAGCCACCAGAGAGAGACGACCCACAGCCACCAAAGGGAGACGACCCACAGCCACCAAAGGGAGACGACCCACAGCCACCAGAGAGAGACGACCAACAGCCACCAAAGAAAGACGACCCAAAGAAAGAGGACCCACAGCCACCAAAGAGAGACCCUAAGUCAAACAAAUGUAAGACUAAGGAUGUUUUCAAGAAGACCGAAGUACAGUGGGUCAAUGAGCUCUCUCUCACGGCACAUGACAGAGAGAUACUACUCGCCCCAACAGGCAUGCUGUCUGACAAGCAUGUGGAUGCUGCAAUGAUGCUUUUAAGUGGCCAAUUCUCCAAAACAUCUGGGUUGCAAUCGUCACUUAAAGUGCAGUUUCGUCUUGGUUUUCGCCCAAUUGAUUUGGACAAGCGCACGAGGGUUCAAGGAGUGCAGAUACUGUUUGUGCCAGAACGUCAUCACUGGAUCCUGACAAGUUGUAUUGAAGGCAGUGUCUAUGUGUAUGACAGCCUGCAGACAGGCACUGAGGAAUUUCCUAGAUCUGUAGAAAAUCAACUACUACAGCUCUACCAUCCCACACUUAGUCCACCACAACGUCAAGAAAUUGGUUUACUGGCAGAGUGUUCGCCUGUCCAACAACAACAAGAGUCAUAUGACUGUGGCUUAUUUGCUAUUGCAUGGGCAUACCACCUCUUAGUUGGAGACUCUUUGAACACGCUGACACUGGACCAGCAAAAACUCAGACGGCAUUUGGUAAGGUGCUUUGAAAAGAAGAAACUAUCAAGGUUCCCAAAAUCAAGGCAAGAGACCCCUCGAAGUGAGAUAGUGUGGGUAUCUGUAGUAGCUUCGUGCUACCAGUGCAUAAGGCCUGACUCGUGGAACGACAUGGUGCAGUGUGAUGGCUGCGACAGGUGGUACCACAUGAAGUGUGCGCGUAUAAAGAAAGCUCCAUUCAGUGACUGGCACUGUAAAGACUGCAAAUAGACUGCAAAUAGACUG